AUGAAUGUGAGCGGAGGAGAGCGACUGGAGCGUCUGCUGGCUCCRGGCGGAGCGACUCGGUACUUCCAGCCUCCCUCGGUGUGUGUAAAUUCUGCAGGCAUCACUCAGGACGACUUCCUGCUCAACAUGGAGGAGGAGAAGUUCGACAGAGUCAUCCAGGUCAACCUGAAGGGGUCGUUCUUGGUGACCCAGGCUGUGGCUCAGGCUCUGGUUGCCUGUGGAUCUCCUAAAGGAUCCAUCAUCACUCUGGGCAGCAUCGUAGGAAAAGUGGGAAACCUGGGCCAGGCGAACUACGCUGCAUCUAAAGCCGGAGUCGAAGGUUUGACCAGGACGGCUGCUAAAGAGCUGAGCAGGUUUGGGAUUCGUUGUAACUGCGUGUUGCCUGGUUUCAUAACCACUCCCAUGACGGACGAAGUGCCAGAGAAGGUCCUAGUCAAGAUGAAGUCCCUGGUGCCUCUGGGUAGAAUGGGUGACCCUGCAGAGGUCGCCGAUGUUUGUGCCUUUCUGGCUUCAGAUGAUUCUCGUUACAUCACAGGAACCAGCAUCGAGGUCACAGGUGGACUUUUCAUGGGUUAAAACACAACAACCUGUUAAUGAAGCCCAAAGAGAAGAUAUUUCCUCCCUAAAACAGUUAAUUAAUGUAAUUUACUCAGUGAUUAUUUAAAUGUGAUUGUAUAGGACAAUAUUUGUAAUUAUGAACCUACUUUUUGUAUGAAUAAACACCUGAAUGCCAAGUUGAAGCAUUUUUUCAUUAAAUAUGUUAUUUGAAACCUGAUA